CUGUUCAGGCUUCAAACACUCAGAGCGCUGCACAGCUCACGCUGAGCGAAGGACUGCAGGAGAAACCUCUCACCCCUGUCAAGGAUUUACAGUCAGGAAACAAGUUUUAUAAAGUGGAUUAGGAGAGACAUCUGGCACCCCAGAGACGUGUGGGAGGCGAGCAGCCUUGAAUGAAUGAAUAAGUGCCCACGGAAGACUGGAUAAAAGUUUCCAGAAGUUAUUUUUCGUCAGCAGAUGAUCCUCGUGAGGUAUCCCGGGUUAAUCUUUGGCUCACUGCAGGUACGAGCUUCAUUUCCUUGUGCGGUGGAGAAAAAGUCGGAGCUAACCUGAUGAUACGGCUCUCCGGUUUCACUCCAAUUUCUGCAGCACCUGCUCAUCACUGAAAUUGCUUUCCAUCCUGCAAGUUUACAACUUCAAAGCCUCGAGCAAUCUUCCAUAGGGGCAUUGUUUGUCUAUAUCCAAAACACAUCUGAAAAGCUUGUAAUUAUGCUCUCACUCUCAUUAUCUCUGCUUCUCCUGCUCCACGGCUGAGAGGUGAGGGAGAAGUGGAUGAGAGGAGAUUAGAGAAGGUAGAAGAGGAAGGGAGGGAGAGAUAAACAGGCAGUUUAAGGCUGUAAACACAUCCUGUCCAGAGGCAGCUGUCUUCUAAACACAUCGGGCAUAAAUCAAGGUUGUAUUUGUCUGUGGUGACUCUGAAGCAGUCGGGGCACAAAUAGGAGCGAGCAGAAGGCACUCUGUGGUGGUCAGGCUGGUCACACUGGUGGAGGUGAGAGAGGACGCGAGGAGGGAAGUGGAUUAUUUGUGAGGGGAAACUUUGAGAAGAAUCCGGGGCAGACUACAGUCAUGGCCUCGGCCGUCUCUUACAGCCUCUCCUGCCUUUUCGCCAAGAUGACACGGACGCACACGGGGAGUGCCAGAUCCACAUCCACCAUCCACCCCUGGACCCUGCUCCUCCUUUCCCUGCUGCUCCUGCUCUCCCUCUCUCUGUGGAGCCAGCAGGCCGAGGCCGUGGUCCCCUCCAGCUUCCGGAAGCUUAGUGGACGAGAGAAGAAGGAGAUGCAGAAGGAGAUCCUGACCAUCCUGGGUCUCCCGGGGAGACCCAGACCCCACCCUCCGCUGCGACCGCCAUCCUCUGCGCCGCUCUUCAUGCUGGACCUGUACCACGCCAUGUCGGUUGAUGAGGAUGAAGGCAAUGAGAUUAUUGCAAGUACACCUUUCAAGGGGUCAUCUAAAGGGGCACCUCAGGUCAAUCGCGGGGCCCUGCCGACCCUCAGCACGCACACACCGCCGCUGGGGACGGUAGUCAGCGAGGCCGACACGGUAAUGAGCUUCGUCAACCUGGUGGAGCAGGAGCGUGACCUCCUGCAGCCUCGUCCCUACUGGAAGGAGUUUCGUUUUGACCUGACCCCUCUCCCCAAGGGUGAGACGGUGACUGCGGCAGAGUUUCGUAUCUAUAAGACGCUGACGGUGGGUCAGAGGGCAAACCGAACGCUGCACAUCUCCGUCUACGAGAUCAAACGAGAGAAUAGACAGAGAGAGCCAGAGCUGGUGCUGCUGGACAUGCAGUCGGUACCUGCAGGACAGGAGGGCUGGCUGGCUUUUGACGUCACCUCAGCCUCCAACCACUGGCUCGUCCACCCUCGCAGCAACAUGGGCAUACGUCUCUACGUAGAGACGGAAGAAGACCGCUCCUUGGCUGGGGGGUGGAUUGGGUUGGUGGGUCGGAGAGGCCCUCGCUCCAAGCAGCCUUUCAUGGUCACCUUCUUCAGGGAGAACCAGGUCCCGUGUCGGCCGCCGCGAGCCGUUAAACCUCAUCCCCGCAGGAAGAAACCCAAAUACGACCUCCCAGUCCCCAACUUCAAAGAACGUAAUUCUGAAAACAGAGGUCAGCCCUGUAAAAAGCACGAACUCUACGUCAGCUUCAGCGAUCUGGGCUGGAAGGACUGGGUUUUGGCUCCUACUGGAUACUCGGCAUACUACUGUGAUGGAGAGUGCUUUUAUCCUCUGGGCGCCUGCAUGAAUGCCACCAACCACGCCCUCAUCCAGCAAGUGGUUCACAUCCUGAAGCCUGAUGAGGUUCCCAAAGCGUGCUGCGCCCCCACGAAGCUCAGCCCCAUCUCCGUCCUGUUCUACGACGACAACAACAACGUCAUCCUCAAAAAGCAUCGCAACAUGGUGGUCAAGACCUGCGGCUGUCUAUGAGUGGCCAAGGCUCCGCUUAGAAGAAAAUGUAUAAAGGGUGAUUUAUUUUUCCAGACGCUGCAGAAACAUGAACAGUUUGGAUGAUGAAGGACCAACAAAUCUCAUCCAGCAGGUCUGAAUGGUCCCGUUUUUCAGAGUUAAAGUUCACAGAUUUCUCCUUUGUCAGUGUUUCAGCAUUUUCCCAGAGUCUUUGGCUUCACAAAAACGCUCUAAACGUGCUGAAAACAAUCGAUUCACGGCGCACGAUUACAUUGCAGAAAUGGCAUAAAUGUACUCUCACAUUGAACAUCGUUUAGCUUCUUCAGGGAAGAGUUACGAGCAAAUGUUUGGGCAUUUCUUAUUUUGAUACACAUUUUCAAAUUGAAAAAGCUAAUCUAUCAGCAUCAAACCACACAGACUUGAGUUUACUACAGAAAGGUUUAAAUUCUCAUGAAGGCAGAUGAUAUUAGAUGGUAGGAAAAUCCAUCAGUGAUGCCUGAUUUUUUUGUUUUGUUAACUGACAGCACUACUGUUGUUAUAAGAAAAAUCUAUAUGAAGAGAUUAUUAAACUGUAUUCAGUUAAUAUAAAAUAAACAGUACAUUUAAUAUCAGUUUGAGAUUGAGGAAUGUAAAUAAUCUAAUUUUAUUUUUGCAAGUUUUAAGCAAAUCUUAGUUAUUCCACUAAAUCGAAAUGCAAACAUGUUGUAACCUGAGUCCAAUCUGAAGCCAGCUGCUAUGAGACCAGAGUCUCAACAGGUCUGAAAGUAAACGUGAUGAUGGGCUUUUUCAAAAACUUUUCAACCAGUACCUCUUUGUCUCUAUCGUCCUGCCUAUAACCUGGAAAUUAGCCCGACGCCUGAUGCUGAAGGAUGUCUCAAGUCCUUAAAUGCAUCUGGAGGACAGCAGAGACGAGCUUUCCACUGAGGGAGUGCCUUCACAUUUAUGUAUAAGCAGUCCUGGCACACAGCUGCAAUAUUCCACCCAGUGUGGAAACAGUAGGGUGUACUGGAGUAUUUGCAGUAGCCACUCCCAAAGCCGAGAACACCAGUGCUCCAAAAUCAGGAGAAAUUAUUUUAUGGUGAAAAUGUGACGACUGGUAAAUCUGUGGAGGAAUACAGUGAGUUCUGCUUUUAGUGAGGCUAAAUCACAACAGUGACUUACGCUGAACAUGUAGCCUGGUCUGGAGCACGUUAUGUUUUGGUUUAAAACCAAAUGGGAGCUCCGCGGUUUCUCUGAUUCUUUAAGAAUGACACAGAUUUUAUGCUGAAGGCAUGUUGUAUAUAAGUAAACUGUUGAGCUGUAUCUCACCAACAACCAUGAGAAUUUACCUGUGUUUAGUUAGUGCUGCAAAUGCUUAAAUACAUUAAGCUUA